UGUCAAGCUGUCUCUGGCCUGAGACACAAGACUGCAUGUUACAACUUCCCGUUGAUGGUCGAUCCUCCGUGUGCCGCUACAGAGAUGCUUCUUCCUACCAUGUUUACUAUCGGGGUGUCCUCUGACGUCACAUGUCACAGUGAAAUAACCGGAACAAGCUUAAGACAGAAGGGAGUAGACGAAAUCAGACGUUGCUGUCAACAGAGUGAGAAUGAUAACUUGAGAGAUUACUGCCUUCCUGUUAAGAAGAACCAACUCCCGGAUCACUACUACCUGGACUUUGUGAACACGUGCACGGCGGCUACAAGAUGUCAGCUGUCUUCACCUGGAAGUCUGGUGCAGAAUACUGGUAGUGCAGACUAUGUAACAUUCACGUUUGAAUGUGUGCACCAGGACACGGUGCUGCACAUCCAACGUAAUUCUACACACACAGGACAGGAGGUGUACCUGUACAACGACCAACAUGACGGGGAGGCCCAUGCUAACUGUCUGGCAUACUCUCAUGAGUGUAACUCCCAUGUCAUUAUACAACUUGCUGCAACCCGAGUUGUGUCACCCGCCUGCAAUGUGGACUUCACUGAUGGGGAUGUGUCAACCAGGGUGGACUGUAAGAACCCACCUGCAUCAAGAAACUGUUCCAGCGCAAUUUUUGAGAGCAAGUCCAACUAUGUUAACAUGUCAAUAUUCAUGACAGUCGAUCCUGGACGUCAAGAAAAAGAAUUUCUUUGGUUGCGGGCAAAAGCGGAUACAGGUAAGAAUGUUACCGUCGUCUGUGGAGCCAACAUUCCUGCAGAUGUGUCACUAAACUGCCCAACGUCUGCAUCAACUAGUACGGCAUCAACUACUUCAACUACAACUACUGCUGCUACCACUGUCACAACUACUACACAAACAGUGACGUCCAAUAAAGCCCCCAGCAACCACGCACAGGUAGCAGUGACAUCAUCACCUGGUAAGCCACAAGCACAACCUUCAAAGUCAAUGGCAGCAGGGACAACGAUGCACAACACUGACUCUACCACGCUAUCGUUGUCCAGUGUGAACGACUUUUCCUCCGUCAUCACUCCCCGCCAAUCGAAUCCAAAUUCUCCCACAACACUCGCGCAGCAGAGUGGAGUCACAGAAACGACGUCAGAGGCAGUUAUCAUCGGCAGCAGUGUGGGAGGAGUCAUCAUGAUAGCAAUCAUAGUGACACUCACGGUCUGUGUCUAAAGAAAGAAAAG